AUGGCAAACCGCUUAAAUAUCAAUUUCAGUGUCCCUGAAUUGCCACCCCCACCCGAGAACUGGAAUGUAGUACAGUAUGGACAUGGGCUAUACUACACUCUGGAGGUUGCUCUCGCCGCGGCAGCUGAACGUCGCUAUUCAGGUGCUCUCGCUCAUCUCCAUUUCUUUCAAGGCUACGACCAGGGUGUCAUAGGCGGCGUCAAUGCUUCGUCAAAGUACGUGACUGAGGUCGGCAUCGGGAAGCCCGAUGGCACUGUGACAGACACCACGCACCAAGGCGGAGUUGUGUUGUCAGCGUUUACUACUUGGGUGCUAUUUUCGGCUACUUUGCUGGGGGAUGCUCAAAAUUCGAACUUUAUGAUUUAUGCUCGAGUGGUGACUGGCAUUGGUACCGGAGCCUUGACCGGCAUCACCCCUGUCUUAGUGUCGGAAACCUCCUCUGCAGAUCACCGCAGUGGAUUUCUGGGCUGCGUCGUCAUUGCGAACUGUAAGAGAGCCUUGAAUCCUUCUUCUUUUUGGUAUUCUGCUAGCCUAUCUCGGGAUAUCAGUCGCAUAUUGGAUCUCAUUCGGCUCGCAUUCCUCGAUAGUGGACGCUCGGACUGUUUCCCAGCUCUCAUUCCCGCCUGCUGCAUCAAAAUGCUACCAGACAGUUCCCGGUAUCUCGCUUCAGUUGAUCGAGAAGAAGAAGCACGUGAGCUGUUGGGGCGUAUUCGGAAGCAUAGUGCCAGUCCAGAAGAGAUUGGCCGGGAAUACUUGGACAUUAUUACCUUGGCCGAGGAAAGCCAGCGCAGCUCUCCAGUCCUAUUUGCAAGAAUGGCGCUCGGCAAGGGUGGAAAGCAGCAUCCGAACUCGGGCAGGAGAGCUUGGCUGUGUGUCUGGUUACAAAUUAUGGCCUCCUGGACAGGAAUUACGGUAGGAGCAUCCACCGCUUUCGCGGCGUGUUCUCCAGUUCUCUUGCCCCAAGUCGGUUACAGCGCCAUCAAGCAGAACGGUCUGACCGGGGGAAUCAACACGAUUGUCGACCGUCUGGGUCGCCGUGUCUGUCUCAUGGCAGGUUCCGCAAUCCUAGUUAAUGUCAAUUUAGUUGCUGGAGCCGUCUACGAGGGCUCAUUGCAUAAUCCAGAAAAAGCUUCUCAGUAUGCCUCGGGAGCUAUUACAAUGCUAUUAUCGUCCAAUAUUGGUUAUGCCGCAACCUGUGGCACUGUCGCAUUCCUGUUACCUACAGAAAUAUUCCUCAGCCACUUGCAAACCCAGACAGUGACGGUAGAGCGUCACAAAGCAAGCCACACGUAUUUCUUCUUCGCCGGUCUCAAUUUACUUUGGAUACCUAUUAUUUUAUCUCUUUCACCCGAAACCCGUAACCGCUCCCUCGAAUCUAUCGAAGCACUAUUUUCCACCUUAAACCCCUUCUACUGGAAGAUGGAGCAGGCGUAUAAACUGCAUGGUGAUGUCUUGGCGGAGCACGGGAGACAUAGGAUAGAAUGA